UAGAAGCAGGACUUAAUUGUGGAAAAUCUGUACAGAGCAAAGAAACCAUGGGAAAGGGCAAAGAAACCGACCAUGAAUUGAGCUCCAAGAAAUAUGGAGUCCCUCUCUACGGCGCCGCCUGGGUCCCAUCUUCCGCCCUUCCAGCUAAAUCAGAUUCCCAAACUCCUUCCAAACCACUCGUUUUCCUAGCCGGAGGCGGCGGGGACGGCCACAGCGGGAUACCAAAUGCCCUCCUCCUCUCCGCCUUUGAUCCCGAUUCCAGCUCCCUCUCUGAUCAGCCGGUGGCAAAACUUGGAACUGGUAGUGAUCUUCCCUACAGAAUUGCUGUUCAUCCCGGAGGAGAUGGCGUUAUUUGUUCAUUUCCAAAAAACUGCAAAUUGUUUGAAUGGGAUUCGGAGAGGAGCACGGAUGACCAAAGUUUAAGUUUGAAAUCAUCAGAGAAAUUACUUGAGCCUUUGGAAGAGGAAGAUGUUGUACAACAAUUAGCGCUGACCUUUAACAGUGAGGGAACUUUACUUGCUGCUGGCGAUGAGGAUGGUAAAUUAAAGGUUUUCAAGUGGCCAACCAUGGAAACUCUUCUCAGUGAGGCUACUGGUCAUUCUUCCGUGAAAGAUUUAGAUUUCAGCCCUGAUGGAAAGUUUCUUGCCUCUGUUGGUGGUAGUGGCCCAGGAAGGAUUUGGGAUGUUGAAUCAUCAUCAUCUAGAGCUUCUCUACCAAAGGAAAAUGGUGAGAUUUUUGGUUUUUGUCGGUUUUCACGCAGUACUGACACAGAUCAGGUUCUGUAUACAACGACAGUGCGAGAUAAAGGUGGUAGUAUCGUAAAGUGGAACCCAACUUCGUGGAAAAGGAUAAGUUCAGCAUAUGUCUCCCGGGAUCCAAUUUCUGCUUUUAAUGUAUCACCUGAUGGGAAGCUCCUUGCUAUAGGAACAAUUCAAGGGGACAUUCUGAUUAUAAGUUCUGCUAACAUGCGGGUACAAACUGUUACCAAGAAAGCUCAUCUAGGCCUUGUAACCGCAUUAGCAUUCGCACCAGAUUCAAGGGCUCUUGUGUCUGCAUCCCUAGAUUCAAGUUCAAGGGUGACAUUGAUCAAGGAUGUGAAGAAAGGUGGUGGCAUAAACUUAUGGAUCAUUCUAUUCUUCAUUUUACUAGCGGUAGCACUAUAUUAUGCCAAAGACAGUGGAUAUUUAUCUCUGGAGCAACUUAAAUACAUAAAUCGCUAAGCCACCAUUUGUUGAUGGGGGAAGACAGAUUCCGGAUUUACAUACUAUUUGCUUCUUUUGUGUUUUUACAAAUUCAUAUCAAAAAUCGGGAUACUUUUUGUAUGUAGUAGAAUGAGUGAAUGUACCAUUGUUAUGUUUAACCCAGUUUUGCUACGUUUACCAGUGGAUGGAUUAUCAUAUAAUUAGUUUCUUUUGAUGAGCA